UUUUAUUAUAAUUUGGCUAGAUUUGGCUCCACUGAAGUAUUGGGUUUGCUGGUAGGUUUAAGCCUGGUGCGCGAGCUCGGUCCGGUGGUGAGCGCAUUGUUGUUUGCUGGUCGCGCUGGGACGUCCUUGACUGCCGAAAUUGGUUUAAUGAAAGCUGGCGAGCAGCUCAGCGCUAUGGAGAUGAUGGCAGUAGACCCUUUCAAGCGCAUAUUGGCUCCCAGGUUUUGGGCUGGCGUGUUUAGCAUGCCGCUUUUGACAGCAGUAUUUAGCGCCGCAGGAAUAGUGGGCGCUUGGAUAGUGGCGGUUUUGAUGCUGGGAGUGGACAAUGGGGCUUUUUGGGGGCAGAUGCAAAAUGGCGUUGAUUGGAUAAGCGAUUUGGGCAAUGGCACCAUUAAGAGCGUGGUUUUUGGCAUUACAGUCACUUUUAUUGCGCUUUACCAAGGUUAUGAGGCACAGCCCACACCAGAAGGCGUCUCGCGCGCCACGACGCGAACGGUGGUCAGCGCUUCCCUUUGGGUAUUGGCGCUGGAUUUUAUUCUUACCGCCAUAAUAUUAACUAUCAUGCAACAAUCCAAAACUGAUAUUUGGGUAGGCCUGUUUGUACUGCUGGGCCUUACUGCCGUUUUGUUUUUGGCGCUCAAGUCUGCCAAUUUAUUAAAACUCUCCUUUGAGCCCACAUACACCGUUAGCGCCAAAUUCACCAAUAUUGGCGGCCUCAACAAUGGAGCUGCGGUGAAAAGUGCGGGGGUGGUGGUAGGACGCGUGAAAAAGAUUACGUUUGAUGAUAAAUCUUUCCAGGCUCAAGUAGAUAUUGCACUGGAAAAACAAUAUGCUUUUCCUAGCGACAGUUCUUUGCUUAUCCUUACCAGCGGUUUGUUGGGCGAGCAAUACAUAGGCGUGAGUGCGGGUGGAGAUACCACUAACUGGCAGCAAGGCGAU